UCUAAAAAUGACAAGUUUCUACCUAUUGGGUUUUGUGGUGUUGUUUUUAUCUUUGAAUUCUAAUGUUUCUUCAAGAGAUGUUUCUUCUAGAGAUGUGAAAUGGGCUGUUGAUGAUAAUAGUGAUCUUGUGACUAAUUUGCCUGGCCAGCCUCCAGUAUAUUUCAAGCACUAUGCUGGAUAUGUGAACGUCAAUGAAACCAAUGGAAGAUCACUGUUUUAUUGGUUUUUCGAAGCUUUGACGGAGCCUGAAAAUAAACCAUUGCUUCUAUGGCUUAAUGGAGGACCUGGAUGCUCUUCUGUGGGAUAUGGAGCAACCGAGGAGAUUGGCCCAUUUUUAGUAGACAUUGAUGGGAAAUGCCUUAAAUAUAAUAAUUUCUCAUGGAAUAGAGAGGCCAACCUGUUAUUCCUUGAAUCUCCUAUUGGUGUUGGAUUUUCCUACUCAAAUACAACAAGUGAAUAUCAACAUUUAGGAGAUGAUUUCACAGCUAAUGAUACUUACACCUUUCUACACAAAUGGUUCCUCAAGUUUCCAUCAUAUAGAACAAGGUCAUUUUACAUUGGAGGGGAGAGCUAUGGAGGACAUUAUGUACCACAACUGGCUCAAGUUAUCCUUGAUAGGAAUAAUGAACCUUCCCUUCAUAUUGAUCUCAAGGGAAUUUUGGUGGGAAACCCUGAAAUUUCCUAUGCUGAGGAUUGGUGGGGUAUGAUUGAUUAUGCAUGGAGUCAUGCAGUGAUAUCGGAUGAAACUCACAAAAUAAUAAGAGAAAAUUGUCAAUUUAACAACACUGAUAAUACAUCAAGUAGCAAUGAUGUAUGCAAUAAAGGAUUAGAUGAAAUGUUCAAACAAUACAAUGAAAUUGAUAUCUAUAGUCUCUACACACCUGUUUGUUUAGCUGAUAAGGGGGUUUCAAAACCCAUGCAAAAGGUUAUGAAGCUUUCAUCAAACAAAGAUAUGAUACCAAGGAUAAUGGGUGGUUAUGACCCAUGUAUUGAUCACUAUGCUACUACAUAUUUUAAUAUACCUGAAGUUCAAAAGGCUCUUCAUGCAAGUGAUGGUCACAAUCUCAAGAAUUGGAGUAUUUGCAAUGAUUUCGUAUUCAACAACUGGGAACAAUCAGCACGAACUGUUAUCCCAGUUUACAGCAAGCUUAUUUCAGCAGGAUUAAGGGUUUGGAUUUACAGUGGAGACACUGAUGGUAGAGUACCAGUAUUGUCAACUAGAUACAGCAUAAAUCUUCUUGGUUUGCCGAUCACCAAGCCAUGGAAUCCUUGGUACAAUGAAAAGGAGGUUAGUGGAUGGUAUCAAGAAUAUAAGGGACUUACAUUUGCUACAUUUAGAGGAGCUGGCCAUGAUGUACCUACUUUCAAACCAAGCAAUUCACUUGUGUUCUUCACAUCUUUUCUUUUGGGAGAAUCACUACCUUCUAAAAGAUAAAAAAAAUACUCUCAUUUUUAGGAACAUUAUUAUGAGUCCAUGUUAUGAUAUGUU